AUGGGCGAGGGCGGGCUGCCCCCGGCCUUCCAGCUGCUGCUGCGCGCCUGCGACCAGGGCGACACGGAGACCGCGCGGCGGCUGCUGGAGCCGGGGGCGGCGGAACCGGCGGAGCGCGGCGCGGAGCCCGAAGCGGGCGCGGAGCCGGCGGGGGCCGAGGCGGCCGGGCCCGGGGCGGCGGCGGCGGCGGCGGCGGCGGCCGCCGCGCCCGUGCCUGUGGACUGCUCGGACGAGGCGGGCAACACGGCGCUGCAGUUCGCCGCGGCCGGGGGCCACGAGCCGCUGGUGCGCUUCUUGUUGCGCCGCGGCGCCUCGGUCAACAGCCGCAACCACUACGGCUGGAGCGCGCUCAUGCAGGCAGCCAGAUUUGGGCAUGCGAGCGUGGCACACCUCCUUUUGGAUCACGGGGCUGAUGUCAAUGCCCAGAACCGACUAGGGGUCAGCGUGCUCACUGUGGCCUCUCGGGGUGGCCACCUGGGGGUGGUGAAGCUGCUUCUGGAAGCCGGUGCCUUCGUGGACCAUCGCAGCUCCUCAGGCGAGCAGUCAGGAGACAGCAGGGAUGAGCCGUUGGACAUCACAGCCCUGAUGGCUGCCAUCCAGCAUGGGCAUGAGGCCGUGGUGCGUCUGCUGAUGGAGUGGGGUGCAGACCCCAACCACGUGGCCCGAACCGUGGGCUGGAGCCCGCUGAUGCUGUCGGCACUCAUCGGGAGGCUCGGCGUGGCUCAGCAGCUGGUGGAGAAGGGGGCCAACCCGGACUACCUCGGCGUGCUGGAGAAGACCGCCUUCGAGGUUGCACUCGACUGCAAGCACAGGGACCUUGCAGACUACCUGGACCCACUGACCACUGUCAGGCCCAAGACAGAUGAGGAGAAAAGGCGGCCUGAUAUUUUCCACGCAUUGAAAAUGGGAAACUUCCAGCUGGUCAAAGAGAUCGCAGAUGAAGACCCCAACUACGUGAACCUGGUCAACGGGGAUGGGGCAACCCCACUGAUGCUGGCGGCCGUCACGGGGCAACUGCCUCUGGUGCAGCUGCUGGUGGAGAGGCGCGCCGACAUCGACAAGCAGGAUAGUGUGCAUGGCUGGACGGCCCUCAUGCAGGCCACCUACCACGGGAAUAAGGAAAUUGUCAAAUAUCUGCUAAACCAAGGAGCAGAUGUCACUCUUCGUGCAAAAAACGGGUACACGGCUUUCGACCUAGUGAUGCUGCUGAGCGACCCUGACACGGAACUUGUUCGACUGCUGGCAUCUGUCUGCAUGCAGGUGAACAAAGACAAAGGCCGGCCCAGCCACCCACCACCUCUGCCUCACUCGAAGGUCCGACAGCCCUGGAGUGUCCCAGUGCUGCCCGAUGACAAAGGCGGGCUCAAGUCCUGGUGGAGCCGAAUGUCCAAUCGGUUCCGGAAGCUCAAACUGAUGCAGACCCUGCCCCGCGGGCUCUCCAGCAACCAGCCGUUGCCUUUCUGUGAUGAACCAGAGCCAGCGCUGGACUCCACCAUGAGGGCGGCCCCCCAGGACAAGACAGGCCGCUUGGGGCUUUGUGACGUGGCCCCCACAGUGAAAGAGAAUGGUCCCGGGAACACGAGAGGAGACAAAGAAGAUGUGUUAUUGACAACCAUGCUUCGAAAUGGAGCCCCCUUCCCCAGACUCCCGAGUGACAAGCUGAAGGCAGUCAUCCCCCCUUUCUUACCCCCUUCCAGUUUUGAGCUGUGGAGCUCGGAUCGGUCCCGGACAUGUCACAGCGGGAAGGCAGAGCCCGUGAAGACUGUGCUGCUCCAGAGAGCCGGCAGGGGUGCCCCCGCGGGCCUGGGCGGCGGGAGCACAGACACUACUCCUGUCAGGCCGGUUAAAUUUCCAUCUCUCACCAGAAGCCCCACCUCUCCUGCCAAUUCUGGAAACUUCAACCACUCACCUCAUUCCUCAGGCGGCUCCAGUGGAGUCGGGGGCUCCAGCAGACAUGGUGGGGAGCUGCAUAAUCGCUCAGGUGGCAGCAUAGACAGUGUCCUGUCACAAAUUGCUGCCCAGAGGAAGAAGGCAGCCGGACUAUCCGAGCAGAAGCCCCGCCAGCGGUCAAGUCCUGUCGGGCCAGCGCCAGGGUCCGGCUCGUCCGAGCUCCCGGUGUCCCCUGCAGGCGGCGGCGGUCCCGGUGGCAAGAAACUGGAGACGAGCAAACGGCCUCCGUCUGGGACUUCCACUACCUCCAAAAGCACCUCCCCCACACUCACGCCCUCCCCUUCACCCAAAGGGCACGCAGCCGAGUCCUCCGUGUCGUCCUCACCCCAUCGCCAGUCCAAGAGCAGUGGGGGCUCCAGCAGCGGCACCAUCACAGAUGAGGAUGAACUGACUGGAAUCCUAAAGAAAUUAUCACUUGAGAAAUAUCAGCCCAUUUUUGAGGAGCAAGAGGUGGAUAUGGAAGCGUUCCUCACACUCACUGACGGCGACCUGAAGGAGCUGGGCAUUAAGACAGAUGGGUCCAGGCAGCAGAUUUUGGCAGCAAUUUCUGAACUGAAUGCAGGCAAGGGACGCGAGAGACAGAUUUUACAGGAAACCAUUCACAACUUCCACUCUUCCUUUGAGAGCAGUGCCAGCAACACCAGGGCCCCUGGAAACAAUCCUUGUACAUGAUCUCCCUCCUGUGGUCACCAGCGCAAGCUUUCUGAAUCCCAGUACUGCCCUCACACAGCCAGUGCUCCAACCACCAUCGGCUCUUCCCCAUUCCCUGAAACAGACCACGCUUUGUCACACCACCAUGCCUUUGUCACGUUCCCUCUGCCCAGAACACUUGUCUUCCCUUCCCUGCUGCAGUAGUUGGUGAUGCUCGUUGGUAUAACAGACUCAAACAUGGCAGUCUUAUCCUCACAUAAAGUCUGGUAUGGCUGCUUCUGCAUGACAGGUGACUUCAUGCUGUGAUUUGGGGACCCAUCUCCUUUCUCCUUGCGGCCCUGCCCUCCCCCGGGGCCUCAGCAUCUUUGCUUCUGGUUGGCAAAAAGCGGGAAGGGACAGUGGAGGAGGCACAGCCAUUAACUACUUUCCUCUUAACUGCUCCUGUUCCAUCUGUUCCUCUUCGUUCCAUUUGCCUCCAGUGGUCACAUGGCAUCCUCUGACUGAAGGAUGCUGGGAAAUGUAGUCUUUGUUCUGGGGGUGGCUCCCUAACAGCAACUCUAAAUUUAGCUGGGGCAGUGCGUGUUUUGGAGGAUGCUUAGCCUUCCUUGAUGCAUCUUUCAGGAGAACUUCUAACUUGUUCUUUGUGAUCCAAGUCACCAUACAGUGAAGCCUUUCUUGAUUUCCUUGUAUGAAAUGGACUUUUCAGCCCCUGGGGUCCUUUACUGCUUGUUUGAAACUGUUCCAGUGCUUGGCCUCACCUACUGCAUACAGCAUAUGACAGGUGUUCAGGAUGUGUAUGUUGAAUACGUUUCUCUUUGUUGCAAGGGCAGCCUUUUCAAUAGGAGAUGAGUAAGCCCAUGGUGGGAUCUUGGAUCCCUUCUCCUUCCCGGCCUUCAGUGUCCUCACCUGCAAGAUCAGCUGUUGGGCAGGAUGAUGCUCUAAGUCUACGCUGUUCGCCCCAUAUCACUGUCGGGCUUUCUGCACUGCUGGUGGGAGCAGAAGACCCUAAUAGAUUCUGUUGCGGAAGGACUUUGGUGCUCACAUUUUCUAGACAAAGAAGCCAAGCAUUUGGAAUUUCUUGUAUACCCUUUUAAUGCUAUGUUCCUCAGGAGGGAGUUCUUGUAAUUUUCUCCCAUGUCAUUGUAUGUUAGCGGCGCCCGACUUCUAAAAUCCAGUAGCUUUUGGAAGUGUUUUCAAGUAAGGAAUUCGUUUGGCCAGUGCUUGCUGCAUUUGUUUUAUGUGCUGGGCGCUGGGGAUACAGGGACCGGCUGGAGCCAGUCCCACCCUUGGGGACCUCGAGAGGCAGGAGAAGAUGCAAGUGGGUGAUCCCAACCUCGAGAGGCAGUAUGACAGUAGAAAGAGUUUGUGCUCUGGACUCAGGCUCCAGCCCCUUGGCUGGCCAGCUGUGUGGCAGGGACAGGUCACUUAGCCUCUUGCCCAGAGCUGAGAGCCAGUGUGCAGAAAGCAUUUGGUCUACUGCUGACGAAGUAGUCAGCAGCCUUCACAGUUGCAGUCUUUGCCACGAGCUCUGUGGGACACAUAUCCUCAGGGGUUGCGGUCUCUCCCAUGCCCCUCCCCAGCCGAAGGCCUGCUCCUCUCCGCUGAGCCCAGAGCCACCCCACGCGCGCCCUCUGCCUGUUGGGCCAACACCUCUGUCUACUCAUCGCUCGUGCCGGCAGCUGCCGAUGUGCAACAUGACUCAAGAGAAGAGGUUUCACUUUGCCUUCACGGACAGGCAUCUUUAUCUUUAUAAAUGUGCCUCAAGCCCCGGCCUUUAAUGAGAACCGGCCACACCUACUGUGUGCGGCAGCCUGCCCGCAGUGUCCUCCACCCUCACCGCCACGCCCGAGAAUCCUGUGCAUCUGGAAGAUGCGCAGAGUGCAGCUGCAGGCCAGCCACAGCCCAGUGGGGGCGCUUCUGGGCCCCUGCCUUUCCAGCAACCCACGUAGCCGCCUGGAGCGGGAAGCACUGGAGACGCUUGCUGUUGGAAUGGCCUCCUCUCACGGGGCGCCUGGGUGGCUUAGUCGGUUAAGCGUCC